UGUCGUUGUAGUACACUAAGAAUAGACCCAUUAACUACAGCCUUGUCGAAAUUAACGUGCGUAAAGCUAGGCCUACUACUACUACCACUAUCAGUAAUAGUAACUGUGGCUUUAUAAGAAAGGGUGCAUAAGAAGCCAACGUCAGCUUCACCAAGUUUUUCAUGUGUUUAUAAAAAGAGAUAACAUCCCAACCAAAGCAGAAUGCCACAGAAUGAACAUAUUGAAUUACACCGGAAGAGGUAUGGUUACCGUCUGGAUUACCAUGAACGAAAGAGAAAAAAGGAGGGGCGUAAGCCCCACGAAAUGGCAGAGAAGGCAAAAAAGCUUCGUGGUCUUAAGGCUAAGAUGUACAACAAGCAGAGGUUUACUGAAAAGGUCCAGAUGAAGAAGACGAUGAAGAUGCAUGAGGAAAGGAAAACUAAACAGAAGACAGAAGACAAUGUACCUGAAGGAGCAGUGCCAGCAUACCUAUUAGACAGAGAGGGGCAGUCUCGAGCAAAGGUCUUGUCCAACAUGAUUAAGCAGAAACGAAAAGAGAAAGCAGGAAAAUGGGAUGUACCAUUACCCAAAGUUAGAGGAGUAAGUGAAGCAGAAGUAUUUCGUGUCAUCAAAACAGGUAAACGUAAGAAGAAAGCUUGGAAACGUAUGGUAACUAAAGUGUGCUACGUAGGAGAAGGAUUUACCCGUAAACCCCCAAAAUUCGAGCGUUUUAUCCGACCAAUGGCAUUACGUUUUAAGAAAGCUCAUGUUACUCACCCUGAACUGAAAGCAACAUUUUCUCUUCCAAUCAUUGGUGUAAAAAAGAACCCCAGUUCUCCCAUGUACACUUCUCUGGGUGUGAUUACAAAAGGGACCAUCAUUGAAGUAAACAUCAGUGAACUUGGUUUAGUAACGCAGGGUGGUAAAGUAGUAUGGGGUAAAUAUGCACAGGUUACCAAUAAUCCAGAAAAUGAUGGCUGUAUUAAUGCUGUUUUACUUGUAUAAAAGUAUAUCACCAUUAUAUUAUGAAUGAAAUAAAAAGUAGGUUGAUAUUGAA